AUGCGCUACGACAACUGGGAUGUUCUUCUUUAUCCUGGCAACAGCAAAGUCCCUAUCCAGGAGUUCAAAACUGACUGCCAGGUGGCUAGAGAUGUGGAUUCGCCGUACCUGAUCAACCAUGACCUGGCAACUCGAGCAAGAUCAAGCGGCGACCUUACCACUUGGGGUCGGGUUCCUGUUGUCACUUGUUUCAUCGGAAGCCUCAAAGCGGGAGAACCAAUGCGAGUCUCUAUCUUCAGUUGGAGCCCUCCUGUGCCAAGUUCUAUUACUUUGGCUACAAUGCUUACCGGCCAUAUCGUCAUCUUCGAGGCACGAGUCUUGAUCGAUGGUGCCUGUGUUGCAACCGACCUUUUCUCUAGGGAUACCCAAUGGCCAUUCAUUCUUGUUGACGACUACAACGGUGAUCCGCUCCUUCUCCGAUUCCCCUCAUUCUACCCUGAGACACUGACCAUGUCUCUGAAUGAUGCCAAUGAGUCCCUGGGUCGCAUCAAGGUUCUCAUCACGGAGUGUGUCUCUCAUCCUGGUCACUUGCGUUCUUUUCAGCGCGUCAGGGAGACUGUCGUCUUCAAUUUUCAACAUGUCCCCUUGAAUGCCCUGGAAGACGCGCAGAUCGCAUGGCCAAACCCUUACAUGUGGUUUCAUCCACUACGUCAGCCAUGCAUCAAUCCCCAUGCGCGCAAGAUUGACCAAGAGACAUCCACCAAGGCAAAAGGCCGGGAAGAUGCCUAUCUUGAGCGUCAUGUCUUCGGACCAGACGAGCAGGAUGACAAUCUGACACCAAGAAUGGCAUCGUACUUUCCUGUGACACCUAGGCCUGCAACCCUAAGGGCGACCACCGGUAUUUCUGCUCGGCCCAGGACGCCCGGGAAGCCUGCAGAGGUCCAGGGCUAUUCCUUGCUGGAAGACUGCGAGCACACUCCACGGCCUCAGUUUCAGCACGGAAACUUCCGGCGUUACUCGGAUGUGGCCUUUGCGAGUCUUCCGUACGGAAGAGCGCAACGAACCGAAAGCGAGCAGAGAUACCCUUGGGAAGAACUCACUACGAAUAGCGGGCAUCCUCACAUUGGCCAAUUUCCACAAGCGCCCGCUCAGCAUCCCCUAGUUGGUCGAGUCGCUCGAGAGAACGUUCCUGGGAACACCCGCCCAUCCAUCGACUAUGGGCAUGCCCGGUCCUCUCGAGACGACAUCCCGAUGCCUGACUACAGUUCCUCCAGCAGCCGUGCCACUUCCGGCAUCUCCGGAUCUAGUUUGAAUCAAAGGAUGCAACGCUCCGCCACAACUGAUCGGAUGUCCAUUGACUCUUCCGAUCCUCUUCGGAACCCGAAACUCGUGCACCACCUUCUUUCAGAUCUACCCCAUGAUCUCCUGUAUUUGAAUGCUGAUGAUGAUCUUUGUCUUUCCGGGCACCAGCUCACGAGACCAGGAAUUCUUGCUGGCGCUCUAUCCGAGUCGACCCAAGCCACAAGCGUCGACUUAUUCACUUCUUCAGGUCUCCAGAAACCAUCGCAGAUAAGAAGCCAUGCCACAUCUGGCUCUUCCAUGGAAAUUGACAUGCCUUCUCCUCUACCUGAACCUGCGAUGGACUCUUCAGAAGUCGAUGCUGACCUUUCCAACAUGGAUAGCAGCCAAAAUUAG